AUGUCAGUUUCUAGACAGAAUAAAGGAAUAAUUUCUCAGAAUAAAAAUCUAGGGAAGUCCUUUCCAGAAUAGAAAUGCUGUUUUUUUAUUAAUAGUAGUCACCUGAAAAGAGGGAACUUCAUCUAAGAAAUGACUCCCAUCAGAUUGGCCAGGAGUUAUAUCUGUGGGUUAUUUUCUGGAUCAGUAAUGGAUAUGGGAGGGCCCGUUCACUGUGGGGUGUGUCACCCCUAGGCAGGUGGUCCUGAGUUAUACAGGUAAACAAGAUGAGCACAUGGGAAGCAAAGCAGUAAAGAGCAUUCCUCCAUGGUUUCUGCCUUUGUUCCUGGGUGACUUUCUUCAGUGACACACUGCCAUGGGAACAUAGAAGCCAUAGAAACUGUUCCCUCCCCACAUUCCUUUGGUCCUGGUGUUUAUCACAGCAACAGAAAGCUUACUGGGACAGUGGUUCAGUGGGAGGGGCCUUGUCUACCAUGUGGAAGAGCCUAGGUGUGAUCCCAACACUGAAAAGAAAAAUAAUUAUAUUCAAACAGAGAGAGAAAGAGAAAGACAGAAACAGAGAGACAGGGAGAGAAAGAGAAAAAGAGAGAGAUAGCUCUAUAAACUCAGAAACCUAGAAAUCCCCUGUUUUUCAGAAUCUAAAUGUCACCUCUUUUAAUUUGGGGGUUAUUCUGUGGCUACAGAGUGUCAAUUUGAGUCAAGAUCAGGUAAGGAUGUGUUUAGAUCUGUAGUAGUCCUUCCACUGGGUUUGAGGUAGGGUUGAAUCUGACUCCACAGUGGACCCUUCAGCCUCUUUCCUAACAGUAAUGAUGAACUUCCCAUACUCAGGUACUCAGCUCCUGUUGGAUGCUUGUGUGGAAGCCAGUGUCCCAGUCUUCAUCUACAGCAGCUCAGUGGCUGUGGCUGGACCAAACUCCUACAAGGACAUCAUCCAGAAUGGCUGCGAAGAAGAUAAUCAUGAAAGCACAUGGUCUCAUCCAUACCCAUACAGCAAAAAGAUGGCUGAGAAGGCAGUGCUGGCAGCCAAUGGGUGCACCCUGAAAGAUGGUGGCACUUUGCAUACUUGUGCCUUAAGACUCCCAUUCAUCUAUGGGGAAGGGAGCCAACACAUUUCAUAUGUAGUGAAUAGAGCACUCAAGAAUAAUGGCACACUUGACAAUUUUGCCAAAUUCUCUGUGGUCAACCCAGUGUUUGUGAGUAAUGCAGCCUGGGCACACAUUCUGGCAGCCAGGGGCCUACGAGACCCCAAGAAGUCACCAAACAUCCAAGGCCAGUUCUACUACAUCUCAGAUGACACCCCUCACCAAAGCUAUGAUGAUUUAUAUUAUGCCCUGAGCAAGGACUGGGGCCUCCGCCUUGAUUCCAGUUGGAGCCUUCCUCUGCCCCUGCUCUACUGGCUUGCCUUCCUGUUGGAAACUGUGAGCUUCCUGCUGCGUCCAAUCUACAACUUCCGGCCUCCUUUUAAUCGCUAUAUGGUCACAGUGUUAAAUUGUGUGUUCACCUUCUCCUACAAGAAAGCUCAGCGAGAUCUGGGCUAUGAGCCACCUGUCAGCUGGGAGGAGGCCAGACAAAAAACUUCUCAGUGGAUCGGGUCACUAGUGGAGCAGCACAAGGGGACACUGAACACAAAGACUCAGUGAUGUGACCAUGGCAGGGACAUGGCCCUGAAGUUGUCAGGUCCUCCAGAAAGGAUCUAAGACACAACCCAACUCCUACACUUCCCUUUGACACACUGGCCAACUUGUCUUCCGGUCACCAAAGCCUUGCCAGGCACUGACCCAGUCCCAAACUUUUGCCUUGAGCACUUGCCCAGAGAGACACAGGCUGUGCCUCAGCUGCUGUGACCAAAGGCUCAGUUUCUGGUGGUGAACUGCACAGAGCCUCUCUCUUGUAACUUAGAAUUUCAUCAGUAUUUCCAUUUCCCCUCUCACAGUCCCAAAGCAUUUCUUGUCUGAGAAAAUUCCCAUUGCUUCAUGAAGCUCAAAGAAAGAACAUAAAAAGGUUUCAUGCCUAAUCCAGAGAAGGUUGUUUGGUGAAUCUUGAUUACAGCUUUCCUUUCUAUAUCCAAGUAAGGCCAUAGUCAGACUAGAAACAGAAUGUCACUCCCACAGAUGUGGGCCCAAGCAUGGACUAGAUGACUGACCUGAGGUGCCUCAGUUCAGCAUCACCAGGUCACAGACAACAUCUUGCUCAGAGUCAAUAACAGAGUCAAUAGCUGACUACAGAACCCACAGUUGAAAGAGGCCCUGUCUGCUCAACCAGACAUCAUCAACCUGAGGGAGCUGUGGGGACACAGCACAGAGGAAAGAAAACUGUCUCCUGUCACAACUGGGUACUAACAAACCUGCCUUUUGGUAUCACAGACAACAUGAAAGUCUCAUCCAGCAUCACUACUUCUUUCUCACCCCACAGUGAUUAAUGUCCGUAGGAUGACAUUGAUUGGUACUAAGCUCCUGUAUGAGGAUCAGGUGACAAAACCAUGCUGAAGUUCUAUACAGCAAAGCAAACCUAAGAUUGUUUUCCUGGUUACUACAGUAUCAGGAGAGAGAAACAAGCUCCAUUUUCAAGCAGGCCUUUUAUAACCUAGGAAGCCCCACUUGGUUUCACAUUAGCAAGGGGUCAUCUGGAAGUGGAUGCUCUGCCUUUGACAGCCAGUUCUGCUUCCUUUGCCCUGCCAGACCAAGAGAGCACCAGCUCCGCUCACCGGACAGUGUUCUAUGGUAUAAAAGGAAGAGUCACCUGUUUCUGGGUGUAAAAGUAAAUUCCAAGGACGAUUUCUAGCUACAUAUUUCUGUUUUGAAUCCUCAUCCAUCAGUUCUUUGAGAAAAAAAAACCUUUUUAUUGUUCUUUUCUUUGAGCUUCAUGAAGCAAUGGGAAUUUUCUCUGACAAGCAAUGUUUUAGGACUGUGUGAGGAGAAAUGGAAACACUCACUAAGGGUGUAGCUUCAGCAUUCACUCUAUAAGAGGGAGGGGAGAUGCUCAGGCACCACCCACAAGGACACAAGUAAGAGCUCUCACCUGGCUCCCAGGUUGGGGGCAGCUGAGGACUGGAGCUCAAACACCCCAGGCAGCUUGUCCAGAGUGAGUGCCCAUGAGCCCUGGGUAAACUGAACACCUUCCACAAGCCUGUUCCAUUAGCUCAGAAGGAAAGGAUAUGGUGGAGUAGGAGAAACAAUCUUCAGUCUUGAUUUCAGCCAACUUAAAUCCCUCAUUGAAUUCACUGGUCCAUUUUCUCAGGGGAAAGCAGUCUCCCAAGUUCUAACAAGGGUGAGCGGAAAGAAAGGAGAGUGACCUGGUUUGUGCAUCUAGCCUGACAAGCAUAAAGCCAUAGACUCCUUUGGAUAACAAAGACCCCACCCCCUUACCUACUCAGUCUGGAUACAGAGUUGCUGGUGGCAGUUACAGCUCCUACACACCGGAGUCAUGUACUACAUGCAAUCCACCACAAGGAGGCAGUAAAGGCACAGGAAGAUUGGUAGCUGCCCCAGCCUGUGAGCCUCCUCCUCUUUUCCUCUGGAUUCUGCAGUCUGUGGCCAAGGAACAAGGGAAGCACAGAGAAGUGCUCACCCACGGGUUUAAGUGUGAUGUACAAAUGAUGGAAGGGAAUGGAGUUGAGCAGAAGGUGUCCGGGAAAGCUUCAGAAACAUGGCUGGGCUCUAAAGGAGACUCAGGUGGGUCCAUGCAGGGAGGACAGCCCAAAAGAUGGUGCAAAGGAGGAGUGUGCAGGUGGGGGAGGAGGAGGGCCAGUGAGUAAGGAGGCUGGACACCACUUAGCAGGGUUUGCUGAGAGACAGUGGGUGUCCU